AAUGGGCAAAAGAGAUUCUAUUCUCCAACCCUGUACAUUUUUCAUCACGACAAAUAAAUUGUCAACUCCGUAUUAAUUCCACAACCCUGCUAAUAAUUUGGAAGGAGUAACUAAAGCACCAUAAUUAAUUAAUGAUUAAUUACAUCGCUCAAAUUUGCUCGUAUCUUAGUAAACAUAAUCAGAGCAGGGGAGAUGCAGUAUCAAGCAAUGCCUUCCUAUAUUCUUGCUUUCUACUUUCAGAUUCAAUGGCAACUUUCUAAGAAAAGCAAAGAAUAUCUUCAAAAUGUUUCAAUAUCUACUUCCUGAUAUAAACUUUUAUAUUGUUAGUUGACGGUGGGUUAAUCGAUCUCUUCUUCCACCCUUUUCGUAUCUUUUUGUUUUCUCUGGGUAAGUUUUAGCAGAUGGACCAAAGAGAAUUCCAUGUUCAACCUAUGGGCAUUUGUUGCAGGCUCUACCAUUUCCUCAAAAAAGCUCUGACUUCGCAAGCGUCAAAGACAGUGACUUUAGGGCGUUCUAGACAUGACAGUUCAAGCUCGACUGCGCUAAGAGGUUCUGAUUCUAAAGCAAAAGAAGAGGUUCGGUCAGAUACACCAAGCCAAGUUGAUGAUGGCAAGAAGCUUCCACCAACUGAAGGUCUUGCAGGUGACUCUAUUUCUUCUCAUGUACAGCUAGCUGAAGAGAAGAAUAACUCAUGCAUGAACGAUGAUAAUAAGAUGGAAGGAAAAAAUGAGGUAUUAACAUCGCCAACGCCAAUACCAACACCAACGCCAACUUUAGCACCAACGCGAUCUAUAAAGAAAACCGUAAGCAUAAAUGAGAACGUGGAAGAGAUUCGGCCACCUAAAAAGUUUAAGAGGAUCUGGAGUAAGUCCUUCCAAAAAAUAGGUUCUCGGGAUGAGGAGGAAGAACCAAUGCCUCCUCCGCGACCUAUUCUGAAAUUGGCUUCUGAUCUCACUGACAAGUCAUAUUCCUAUUCUUAAUUUCAUGUCUCGGGUGUAAUAUGUUAGUGGUUUAGGGUUUACACAAGCCCCGUGUGAAUGCCAUGGGUGGCCAUAAUGAUUCCACGAUUUGCUCUCUUUUAUUCUUUACAUUAAUAUUUCUAAGUCCUCUUCUGCUUCUUAAAUUCGAAAGAAAUCGAAUAUUCAUCUUAUUAAA